AUGUUUGUCCUGGUAGAGAUGACUGAUACAGUGAGAAUUCCUCCCUGGCAGUUUGAAAGGAAACUGAAUGAAUCCAUUGCUGAAGAGCUAAACAAGAAAUUGGCCAAUAAGGUUGUGUACAAUGUUGGCCUCUGCAUCUGUCUGUAUGAUGUCACAAAGCUGGAAGAUUCAUACAUAUUCCCUGGAGAUGGUGCCUCACAUACCAAAGUGCAUUUCCGCUACGUGGUCUUCCAUCCCUUCCUGGAUGAGAUUCUGGUUGGACAGAUUAAGAGCUGCAGUCAGGAUGGCGUUCACGUUUCUAUUGGAUUCUUUGAUGAUAUUGUCAUCCCACCAGAAUCCCUGCAGCAGCCAGCUAAGUUUGAUGAAGCAGAGCAGGUGUGGGUGUGGGAAUAUGAGACAGAAGAGGGGGCCCAUGACCUUUACAUGGACAUUGGGGAGGAGAUCCGCUUCCGAGUCGUGGAUGAAACGUUCAUUGAUACAUCACCGACAGGUCCAAGCUCUGCAGAGGCUUCCACUUCAAAUGCCACAGAAGAAGUCCAGAAGAAAGAAGCACCCUACACUCUUGUGGGAUCCAUCAGCGAGCCAGGCCUGGGCCUCCUGUCGUGGUGGACAAACAGUUAG